GAGAGAGAGAAAGAGAGAGAGAGGGAUAGAGGAAAAUAAAGAAAGAAAGAAGGCAAGAGUGACGAAAGAGAAGCCGUUGUCAGUGAGUGGCGAACCGUGGGACGGAUUGGACACGGACUGCACAAGUCCUUCCGCGAGUCCUUGAACUUCAAUUCGUCGAUCGAUUCGAUCGUUCAAGGAAAGGUCGAGAAUCGAGGCUAAUCGAGGUGUACGUUUAAGGACUACGAAAGCUUGACCUCUCUUAUAGACAAGAGCCGACCUUGGAUAUCAGUGUCGCCACCGUCGCUUUUCAUUAUAUUCACAAUUUCUUUCUAUUUUUUUCUCAAAUUAUUUAUCUUCUUUUUUUCCGGCAUUUACUCUCGACCCUAUUUAUACAAUUGACAUUCGUUAUUUAUCGUUCAGAGCCAUUCGAGAUAUCGACAGAAAAUUAUUUUUUCUUUGUUUUGUGCUCGUGUGAGUGAUCGCAAAGAAAAAGAAGAAGAAGAAGAAGAGGUGGUAGAAAGAAGUAUACGAUAUUAACCACUUAUCACGCUGAUGGAAUGACUCAAAAUGUGGCCUAGAAUAUUGCCGCUGAUCUUCCUCGUUCUCAGAACGAUUCCCGGACGAUCGGAUUUCUUUGGAGAGAAAAGGGAAGCUGUUUACGAUCUACUGGUAACUUCUGUGACGUCGACGGACGAUCAGAAUUUUUAUAUCGACGAUGGCCUCGACGGAUUUCCGGCUUUUGGUUUCCGACCUGGGUCUGAAGUAAAACAACCCUAUAGACUUUAUCUUCCUGAGAAGUUGCCAGCCGAGUUUACCCUAGUGGCUAUCUUUAAGCCAAUAUCCUUCAGGACUAGCUACCUCUUUGCAGUUCUCAAUCCCUUCGAAACUGUUGUACAAUUGGGCAUUCGAAUUUCGGAUGGUCCAGGCUCUAAUCAGAACAUUUCACUGGUUUACACAAAUUCCGAUGAGCAUUCCCUUUCAGAAGAAGUUGCCAAAUUCACUGUGCCAAAAUUAACGAAGAAAUGGUCUAAAAUCGUCAUUAAAGUGUCUACCACCGAUGUCACCUUAUAUUUAAAUUGUCAUGAAAUGGCCAAACAAAGGGUAACUAGGAUUCCUUUGGAAUUAGUCUUCGAUACUGCUAGUACACUUUACAUGGCUCAAGCGGGACCACAUAUUCAGGAGAGAUACGACGGUCUACUACAAUCUCUAAAACUCUAUUCUGGACAUCCACCGGAUCUGGUGAAGUGCACAGCUGAAUUUAACUUUCCUUCAGAUGAACAAUUUGGAUCCGGCGAUCAAGAUGUCAAUUCAUUUGAUGUCAUAGGAGAAUUUGGCUUAGAGAAGAUCGAUCGAGAGUACGACGAAGAUAAAAAUGAAGAAAGCAACCCACCACCGUUCAUCACGCCUCCUCCUCCCAACCCAGACUAUAAAGGUCCAAAAGGUGAGAAGGGUGACAAAGGAGAUAAAGGCGAGAGCGUUCGAGGACCACCAGGUCCUCCCGGACCACCUGGACCUGGAUAUGAUUCAAACGACGAGGAUUGGCCAGUAAAAAUACCACAAGGUCCACCAGGUCCUAAAGGAGAACCAGGAAAAUGUGCAUGCAAUGCAACAGCCUUGAUGACAUCCUUCACGAUGCCAAAAAUGAUCGAAGGACCGAAGGGCGAACCAGGUGUCCCUGGAAAGGAAGGAAAGCAAGGGCAGAUGGGUCUCACUGGUGCAGCAGGACCACCCGGAGAAAGGGGAUUACAAGGUCCACCUGGAGCAAGAGGUGAAAAAGGAGAUAUAGGAGUACUUGGACCCGAAGGUCCUCAAGGACAGAAAGGUGAACCAGGUAGAGAUGGAAUACCAGGUGAAAAGGGAGCUCAAGGACCUCCUGGACCACCUGGAAAGGGUGAAUUCUCCGGCUACGAUCCCAGUUGGAAGCCGCGAGGCAUUUUCAGGACCGAAGGUAUCACAAUGAGACCAGGUCUACCAGGACAAAAAGGUGAAUCAGGAACACCUGGGAAUCCUGGUCCUAAGGGAGAAGCAGGAAUUCCUGGUGGAAAGGGUGUUAAAGGCGAGCCUGGUCACAAGGGUGGAAAAGGAGAACACGGAAAGGAAGGGCCAAGAGGAAUACAAGGCUUUAAAGGAGAACCAGGUGCUCCAGGAGCUCCAGGACUUCCUGGUGCACCAGGAGAAAAUGGAAGACCAGCCGAAAAAGGUGACAAGGGAGAUUCUGGACCCGAAGGGAAACCAGGUCUACCUGGUCCACCAGGACCACCAGGAGCCAAUACUCCAGGAGUUUUAAACGUUGGAGAAACAGGAUUAGAAGAGAAGGGUGAAAAGGGUGAAUCUGGGCCACGUGGUUACAAAGGCGAUCAAGGAACUAAAGGCGAAAAAGGGGAUAAAGGGGAAUAUGGACCAGCCGGUAUACCGGGUGUAAACGGAAUUCAAGGACCGCAAGGAGAUAAAGGCGAACCCGGUAAGGACGGAGUUCCCGGAACUUCUGGAAUUCCGGGUUUGAAAGGAGAAAGGGGUGAAAGGGGUCCUCCUGGUGUCACCGCUAUCGCCAAUUCCGGUGACUAUAUCACCAUCAAAGGUGAAAAAGGUGCAGAAGGGAAAAGAGGAAGAAGAGGUCGUCCUGGACCACCAGGUCCUGUCGGACCACCCGGAAAACCAGGAGUAAUGGGAGAAAUUGGUCUACCAGGAUGGAUGAAUACAAAGGGUCGUCCUGGAUCACCAGGAGGUCCUGGCCCAACUGGACCGAAAGGACAGAAAGGAGAACAAGGAAUGAUAGGUGAGAAAGGAGAUGAUGGAAUGCCAGGAAUUCCCGGACAACAUGGAAGAGACGGACAACGAGGACCUCCGGGACCACCAGGACCACCUGGCCCAGCUUCUCAAGGAAACUACAUUCCUGUACCAGGACCUCCAGGUCCCCCAGGACCACCAGGACCACCAGGACUCUCUUUGAUAGGACAAAAAGGUGAACCAGGAAUUGGCAGAAGUCACAUUUUCGGAAAGGAAGAUUAUUAUGGAAUAAGACAAGGACCCAGAAGCAGUUUGGACGAAUUAAAGGCACUUCGCGAGUUAAAGCAGCUGAAAGAAUUAAAGGAACAUUUAGGUACUGCUACUGUUGCUACAAGAGGUCCUUUGGAAAGUACAACAAAAAUAGUUCCAGGAGCAGUAACGUUUCAAAAUACGGAAGCUAUGACAAAGAUGUCUAGUGUCAGUCCUGUUGGAACUUUGGCAUAUAUCAUAGACGAACAAGCCUUGCUUGUAAGAGUUAACAAUGGAUGGCAAUACAUAGCGCUCGGUUCACUUCUUCCAAUAACAACCCCUGCGCCACCAACAACGGCACCACCUCCGGCAAAUCCACCUUUCGAAGCUUCAAACCUGAUAAAUCAGAUACCAGUGAAGGCUGACGGUACAGGAUGGUAUCCUAAAAUGUUAAGAAUGGCAGCAUUAAAUGAGCCGUUUACUGGUGACAUGCAUGGUGUAAGAGGUGCAGAUUACGCUUGCUAUCGUCAAGCAAAAAGAGCAGGUUUAAGAGGUACCUUCCGUGCAUUCCUAAGCUCUAGAGUGCAAAACGUUGACAGCAUCGUCAGACUUGGAGAUCGUGAUCUUCCAAUCGUUAACAUCAAGGGUGACGUUCUUUUCAAUUCGUGGAAGGAAAUGUUCAAUGGCAAUGGAGCCUACUUUUCCCAAAAUCCUAGAAUCUAUAGUUUUAAUGGGAAAAAUAUUCUCACUGACUUUGCCUGGCCGGAAAAAGUAGCAUGGCAUGGUUCCCACAAACUGGGAGACCGAGCGAUGGACACUUACUGCGAUGCCUGGCAUUCUAGUAGCUCUGAUCGUUACGGAUUAGGAUCACCUCUUACAGGAGGUCGACUUUUGGAGCAAAUUCGUUAUUCUUGCGAUAACAAGUUUGCCCUACUUUGCAUAGAAGUAACCAGCGAAGCUACGAGGAGACGAAGAAGCAGUCCUUCUGCAGAAGAUGAAGUAGAAAUGACAGAGAGCGAGUAUAAAAGACACUUGGAAGCAUUAAUGAAAAAUUGAAGGCUCUUGUUAAAUAUAAAUAUU